AUGAUAAAUGCAACAAGGGAGGAGGUUCAAAGAUUGUUGGUUAUUUUGUUAAUGUUUGAGGUGUUGACUGGUUUGAAGUUGAAUCUAGAAAAGAGUUCGAUGACAAGCAUAGGAGCUGAGGAGAUGGUGGAGGAAUUGGCUAUGGAGUUGGGUUGUAAAACUGACGAAUUACCUAUCACAUAUCUGGGAAUGCCAAUUGGAGCAUGCAAGAGAAGUGAGGCAAUAUGGGAGGUCGUGAUUGAGAGGAUGAGGAAAAAGCUGGCUCCUUGGAAAAGAAAGUUUCUCAACAAAGCAGGUAGAGUAACUCUAAUCAAGAGCUCUUUGGAAAGUAUUGCAACAUAUUUCCUUCCAGUCUAUUAUCUUCCAGUUGCUGUGGAGAAACAGUUGAACAGUAUUAUGCGUAAAUUUCUUUGGGGAGAGGAUGAUGAGAAUAAAAAGAUGAGCUGGAUUUCUUGGAAGCGUAUAUGCAAGGUAACGGAAUCAAUGGGUCGUAGUUUAUGGUUUGGGAUUUCAAAGGCAAACGAAGAUUUUCAUGAAGCUGUUAAUAUUCGAGUGCAAAAUGGGAGAUCUAUUAGAGCUCUGAAUGCAGCAGAGAGUGUGGAUUUACUUGAGCUAAAAUUCGAUAUUAGAAACGUGAUACUAACACAGGAUUUGGAGGACGAAGUGGAUGGUGCUUGUACAACUAGGGCUCUUUAUGCGAAGUUUGAAGAGGCGGAUGAAGAUUGGGAAUUUGCUCAGAUUUCUCAUAGUAGACUGGCGCCUCCUAAGGUCGUGUUUCUCAUCUGGGCGGCUCUACACAAUUCAGUUCCUACCAGACAUAUGCUACAUCACAGGGGGGUGACGUUCAGGUUAAUUGGGUUUUUAAUUCUCAGUUUGGAGUUUGCUUACAAGAUUGGAAGAUACAGGGAGUUUCAACAAAAUUAA